AUGGCAGGCAAACCCAAGGUUCUCUUCCUUGGCAGCACCAAGCAAGCCCAAGAGGAUUUUGCGUCUCUCUCCGAAGUGGUAGAAGCCGUAUACCCGAAAUCAACAGAUCGUACUACUUUCAUAGAAGAGAGCAAAUCCGGCGCCUUUGACGGAAUCCAAGCUAUCUAUCGCUCAAAUAAGACUUAUAGCCUGGCUGGCAAUUUUGAUGCUGAGUUGCUUGAUAGUCUGCCCAAGACACUCAAGUUUAUCUGUCAUAACGGGGCUGGGUAUGAUCAAAUACAUAUUCAGGAAUGUACUUCACGGGGUAUGCGUGUUUCCAACACGCCAACAGCAGUAGACGAUGCCACAGCAGAUAUCACCAUCUUUCUACUCAUUGGUGCUUUGAGAAACCUAUCGUCUAGCAUCUUCGCUCUGCGUGAAGGUACUUGGCGUGGCAACCCUGCGCCAUCACUCGGCCAUGAUCCUCAAGGCAAGGUGCUUGGUAUCCUAGGUAUGGGCGGAAUUGGUCGAAAUGUCGCUCGCAAGGCUCGUGCCUUUGGCAUGAUCGUUAAAUACUACAACCGCAGCCGCCUAUCUCCAGAGCUAGAAGGCGAUGCUGAGUAUGUCGACUUUGAGACUCUUCUCAAAGAGAGUAAUGUUUUGAGUCUCAACUUACCCCUGAACCCCAAAACCCGACACACGAUCGCAAAGCCUCAAUUUGAUAUCAUGAAGCGUGGUGUCGUCAUCAUCAACACUGCACGUGGUGCUGUGAUGGACGAAGCUGCUCUUGUCGACGCACUCGAGUCUGGACAAGUUGCCAGCGCUGGCCUUGACGUUUUUGAGAAUGAACCUGAGGUUCAUCCAGGUCUAGUGAACAAUAGGAACGUAUUGCUUGUUCCGCAUAUGGGUACCUGGACAGUGGAAACGGAGAGGGCGAUGGCGGCCUGGACCUUUGACAAUAUUCGCCUGGCGGUAACAGAAGGGAAACUGAAGAGUAUUGUUCCAGAGCAAAGCCAUCUACAAUAG